GACUCUGAUGGUUCUGAAAGGCUCCUGAGAUUCAACCGGGUCGGUUCUGAAACCUGGAGGAAUCGGAUCAAUAAUCAUUAUUUUAUUAUUAUUUAUGUCGCAGCGCCAUGUUUCUGCCCCCCGUCCUCCCCCCGCAGUGGGCCAGUCCGGAUGAGGGGGGGAGGGGGGCGUGUUGUGACCGCGUGCGCGCGCGUGCCCGUGCGGUAUAUGUGGGAGUGAACAGCAGCAGCAGGAGCGGAGUCAUCGGUCGGAACCGGAGCCGCUGGAUGGUUCUGCUCAGCGGGACGCGAACAGGCCGGGGUCAGAGGUGGAGAAGCAGCUGAUUAGUGAGUUAGAGCAGAAUGAGCUGUUCUGAUCGGCCCGACGAGCCCAGAAAGCAGAACAGAGAAGCUCCUGAUGCAGAGAUGAUCCGCCUUUUCUCUGUGAGGAACUGACCAAUCAGCAGGCAUGAUGAUGCCCAAGCAGCCGGCGCAGACGUCUCCCGGCAGCGUCCUGUCGCUCAGAGGGACCGGCGUUCCCGGAUCGCCCGCCGCUGCCAUCGUGGCCAGGGUGGAGGACGGCGUCAUCGGCUACAAGGACCUGGCGGCGCUGCCCAGAGACAAAGCCAUCCUGGACAUCGAGAGACCCGACCUGAUGAUCUACCAACCGCACUACAGCUACAGCCCUCUGGAGAGGUCUUUGUCUCCUCGCUCCGUUUCUCCUCCUGCCUCCCCAGAGAACUCGUCCAAGGAGUCCAGGGACUGGCUGGAGAACCGGUCGCCUGGCGGUUCUUCACCCGGUUCCACCAUCCAGAGCAGCAGAACCCAGAGCUCACACACACCGCCGGCGCUGAACACACCCAUCGCCGCCAACACACACCCGGCGGGCAGCAAGAGCGCCAUGCAGCAUUUCCACCGACCCGAAAACGGAUCCAACAUCUAUAAGAAGCCUCCCAUCUACAGGCAGGACGUCUCGUCCUCGCCCGUCCCUCAGGGGAAACACAUCGAGGAUCUGAUCAUCGAGUCGUCAAAGUUCCCAGCAGCUCAGCCUCCAGAUCCCAACCAGCCGUCCAAAAUCGAGACCGACUACUGGCCCUGCCCCCCGUCACUGGCCGUGAUUGAGAAGGAGAGUCAGAGGAAGGACCAGCGGGAGGAAGAGGAGGAGGAUGAAGGGGAGCUGGAGGACGAGCUGUGGGGCCUCCGGGCCCUGCAGAACCAGGAGCUGAACAAGAUCCAGUCCAACCUCGGGAAAAUCCUCCUGAAGGAAGAACUGGGGAAGUCUGCGGGUCCGCUGAGGAGGAAGACCCGUUCACUGCCGGACCGGAACCAGAACACCGGCUCCGGUGCCUCCAGGUCGGUGUAUUUCCCAGCAUCCUCCAGGAGCGGCCUGUCCCGGCUGCAGUCUGCAGAGUUCGGCACCGCAGAGAAAAACCCGGCAGGCCUGCAGAACGGAGACUCCAGGAUAGACCGGGGGAACUCCCUCCCCAGCAUGCUGGAGCACAAGAUUUACCCGUAUGAGAUGCUGGUGGUGACCCACAGAGGGCGCAGCAAGCUGCCCCCCGGGGUGGACCGGACCCGCCUGGAGAGACAUCUGUCCCAGGAGGAGUUCCUCAGCGUCUUCAGGAUGCCCAUCGAGGACUUCGACCGCCUCUCCCUCUGGAAGAGGAACGAGAUGAAGAAGAAGGUCUGUCUCUUCUGACCUUCCCGGGACUACGCUUCCCAGAACCCCCUGCUCCUCCCGGACGGCCCGGCGGGAAGCGGGACGGACUGCGGCCGGGUUCUCCGGACCGCCGGACUCUUGGGUUUGUGGACGGCUUGGGGCGGGCUGUCGGGGUUCUGCUGCGUCACUUUAGCGUCACCAGCUUCACUAAACUAGCUAGCGCACAAACUGUCCGGCUAACGGGAGAAGACCCAGCUGCUGGGUUCUGGUUCUGAAUCCUGGAAUCCGCCACAAACAGCAGAAAAAGUCUCAACAUUCCUCUGACCCCGAGUCAGUUCCCACAGCGUCCCUGACGGGGCCUCCUAUUGGCUAAGCCAGCGAUGAUGUCACAAUAACGGCGUUUCUUUCCCAGCAGUGAAGAAGAAAAACGAGGUUUGAAUUUGAUGACACAAACUGGAGCCGAACCUGCAGACCGAAACAAGUUAACAGCUGGAAUAAUGAUUGAUUAUCCGCAUGAAUAAUCGAUUCUUUUCAAAGAUUACAUGACUGUUUUGAUGAAUAAUCAAUUAUUCUGAUGAUUAAUUGGUUAUUUCAAAAAAUUAAUCUAUCGUUUUGACAAAUAAUCAAUUAUUUGGACAAAUCUAUUAUUCCAAUGACUAAUCUAACAUUCUGCUAAUUGAUUAUGUUGAACAGAAAUCAUUUCUGACAAAUAGCCAAUUCCUCUGCUGAUUAAACUAUUAUUGCAAAGAUUAAUCAACUAUUUUGAUGAAUAAUCGAAUAUUCUGACUGUUCAUCAAUUAAUCUGAUAAAAAUAUUUGGUAUAU